GUUAUAUUCAAGCCAAGAUAUAUAAUAUUAUAGCAGUAGGAAUUUUGCAACAAAAUCGCAAUUAUUUAAAAGAGGAACUUUUGAUUAAAGCCGAGUUUUUAGUGGCACUUACAGAUUAUAAUCAUGGAAAGUACAAAACUUCUUUUGAAAAUUUUGAAAAGGUAUCUAAAAAUACAAUAAAUACACAAUAUAAAAAUAGUGCAAAAUAUUAUUUGGCAUUGCAGUAUAAAAAUGGGAAACCCAUUUUAAAUGAUAAUAAAGCCCAUGAUCUCUUUAAUCAAGUUGCACAAAGUGAUUCAACAUAUAAAGAUGAUGCAAAAUAUAUGUUGGCACUUUAUAAAAAGGCUAAAAGUGAUGAUCGUAAAGCCUUUGAUCUCUUCAAACAAGUUGCAGAAAGUGAUUUAACAUAUGAAGAUAAUGCAAAAUAUAUGUUGGCAAAAUGCUAUGAAUCAGGGCUAGGUGUUGAAAAAGACUAUAAAAUGGCUUAUAAAAAAUAUUUAAAUCUUUUAAAAAGUAAUGAUUUUGAAAAAGGUUACAAAAAGAACUUAAAGUUAAAUGAUAUUAAAUUUGAGUUGGCAAAGUGCUACGCAAACAAUGAAGCGACUAAAGAUGUCACCUUUCAACUAUAUUUAGAUCUCUCAAAAUGUGAAAAUCAAAAGUAUCAAAUUGAUGCUUUGAA